AUGAGAUCUCAGUUGAUGCCUCCUCUCGUUCCAACUCUCCUGUCCUUUCUGUUCAUUUUAGCGGCUGGCAUCCAGGGCACGGCCCCUCUACCAGCGCUAGCAAGAGGCGCGCUCAGCAGCGCACAGUAUCAGAUAUUCGUCCCAUCUCCCCUGAGGCUGCAAGGAGGAAGAAGAUCCGAGAGCAGGAAGAGGAGGCCUGACGGCGAGAGGAGCGAGUCAGAAUCGCGCAGGAGCGUUUCACCGUCUUCGAAGGAGGGAGAGCCGACGCGUUCGCCGAAGAGGAGCAAGGGGGAUCCCAAGGACGGCAGGAAGAUUAAGAAGCACAUACCCUCUUCAGCCAAGAAGAUCCACAACAGCCCUUUGCCCCUGGCCGAGGAGUCGACGGAGGAGGAGUCAUCACAGGAGCAGCGGUCGGAGAGUCCAACCAUGUCCCAGAGGACGGUUGAAGACCAGCAGAGCUUGCAAAGGAAGAAGAAGAAGGGGAAUUCAAGCGAGGUAUCUUCCUACAAGACCCCGUCGACAAAGAGGAAGAAGGCCUUUCACAAGACUCCCGACUCGGGGAGGUCAGUCCGGUUCAGCGAGUCACUGACGUCGGUCCACGAGUACCCGAGCAAGAAGCAGAAGUUCUGCACGCAGGAGGAGAUCGAGCGAGCGUUCCAGGAGUCGAUCGAGGAAGAGAUGCUGUCAGAGCUGGAGGAGGAGCAGAAGCCGAAGGGCAAGGGGAGGGCAGCGCCAAUGUGGGAGGAGUCGAGUAGCGAGACUAGAAAGCCCCCGAAGGAUUCAGCGAGCAUGAUUGACAAGAAGGGGAGGAACAGAGACAAGUCGAAGAGGAAGGGCAAAGACUAGUAAAUCUCAAGGCUACAGGUCGAGGCGGCAGGUACCUUCCAAACCGACAGCUCGCUGCACGACUGCUCCGUUGGCUCUUUCAUUCAUCCGAGACUGAGCGAUCCGCACG